GCCAAUAGGCCAGGGCCCGUGCUGUGAUUGGCCGCAGCAGUGUUGACGGAUACGUGAGAAGAAAACGGCGUGGUAGCUCGGAGUGUGGAAUCGGGCGCGAACCUGAGUUCUGAGAAGUGUGGAAGCACGUCUGAGGCAGUUAAGCGCACCCUUUCUUGGGUGGAGUGUGUGCUUCUGCGCUACGUUAGCGUAGCCGAGCGGCGCUGGGCACUUAGUCAUUUUCUUCAUAGCAAGAAAGCAGAGGGGUGUUUUUCAAAUUCUAGUGUUUCUUUCUUUCUUUUUUUUUUUUUUGAGACGGAGUUUCGCUCUGUCGCCCAGGCUGGAGUGCAGUGGCGCAAUCUCGGCUCACUGCAAGCUCCGCCUCCCAGGUUCAAGCGAUUCUCCUGCCUCAGCCUCCCGAGUAGCUGGAAUUACAGGCGCGCGCCACCAUACUCGCUAAUUUCUGUGUUUUUAGUACAUACGGGGUUUCACCAUGUUGGCCAAGCUAGUCUCGAACUCCUGACCUCAAGUGAUCCGCUCGUCUCAGCCUCCCAAAGUGCUGGGUUUGCAGGCGUGAGCCGCCGCGCCCGGCUCAAAUUCCAGUGUUUCUUUUCCUUUUCUUUUCUUUUUUUUUUUUUUUUUUUUUUUUUGACUCGCUCUGUCGCCCAGGCUGGAGUGCAGUGGCCCGAUCUCGGCUCGCUGCAGUCUCCGCCUCCCGGGGCUCAGGCGAUUCUCCUCCCUCAGCCUCCUGUAGCCGAGACUACAGGCGCCACCGCGCCCGGCUAAUUUUUGUAAUUUUUUAGAGACAGGAGCUCGCCUUGUUGCCCAGGCUGGUCUCGAACUCCUGGGCUCCAACGAUCCGCCCGCCCCAGCCUCCCAAGAGCUGGAAGCCCAAGCGCGAGCCCCGCGUCCGGCCGCCAGCUGCUUUCUGGGGGGCGCUCCCUGCCUCGCUUGGCUCUGUGGAGUCCAGGGCCCGGCGAUGGAACAGGCCCUCAGUCACCCAACAGCUCAGGACACUGCCGAGCGCAUCGACUUUCCCAGAAACGCUUGACCCACGCCCUCCACUCCGAAACUAGAAACGCGGAGCCCAGGGAAGGCCUGGGCCGAGACCGCCCCGUGAUGGAAAGGCUCCGCCUCGGGAUGCACGGGAAGGGAACACGCCCAGGAGGGGAGGAUGCCGCGGUUGAUCGGGGCUGUGACAGCGCGCCCUCCACACAAAGGGGACCCGGACGCAGGCCCUGCGCCGCCGUCUCUCCUAGAAAAAGCUCGUCCCGCUUCUCUCUUGCAGAGCGGAAUAACCCGGCCCCCGGCGCUCGGGCCUCGGAGCCGCACGUGCGUGCCCGAUCGCCUUCGGCUCUUUCCGGCCGCUCGGGGCGCUUCGGGAGUCCUCGGGGCCGCCUCGCUCACCUUCGGCUAUUUCCGCGUUCCUGGCGCGCCGUUGUCCCGGCAACGCGCGGCGGCUCAGUGGCCUGGCAGAGGUUUCAGCGCUGAGCAGGCCUGAGUUCCGUCAUGGCCCUCUAUUUUGACCACCAGAUAGAAGCCUCAGAUGCAGCGGGGUCACCCUCAUACAUCAGCUGGCACCCUGUCCAUCCAUUCUUGGCAGUUGCUUACAUCAGCACAACCUCAACAGGCAGCGUGGAUAUUUACCUGGAGCAAGGGGAGUGCGUGCCAGAUACACAUGUCGAGAGGCCGUUCCGGGUUGCUUCCCUGUGCUGGCACCCGACGCGGCUGGUGCUGGCUGUGGGCUGGGAGGCUGGAGAAGUGACGGUGUUUAACAAGCAGGACAAGGAGCAGCACACGAUGCCCCUGACACACACAGCCGACAUCACCGUGCUCAAUUGGAGCCCCAGUGGAAACUGCCUGCUGUCUGGGGACAGGCUUGGUGUCUUGCUCUUGUGGAGGUUGGACCAAAGGGGCCGAGUGCAAGGGACGCCUCUGCUGAAACACGAGUAUGGGAAACACCUCACGCACUGCAUCUUCCGGCUCCCCCCUCCUGGCGAGGACCUGGUUCAGUUGGCAAAGGCAGCUGUGAGCGGUGAUGAGAAAGCCCUGGACAUGUUUAACUGGAAGAAGAGCAGCUCUGGAAGUUUGCUGAAGAUGGGGUCUCACGAGGGGCUGUUGUUCUUUGUCAGUCUGAUGGACGGGACAGUGCACUAUGUGGAUGAGAAGGGCAAGACCACUCAGGUGGUGUCCGCAGACAGCACGAUUCAGAUGCUGUUCUACAUGGAGAAGAGGGAGGCACUGGUGGUGGUCACAGAGAACCUCCGGCUGUCCCUGUACACGGUGCCUCCUGAGGGCAAAGCAGAAGAAGUGAUGAAGGUCAAGCUGAGCGGGAAAACCGGCCGCCGGGCAGACAUCGCUUUGAUUGAAGGCAGCCUUCUCGUGAUGGCCGUCGGGGAGGCUGCCCUCAGAUUCUGGGACAUAGAACGAGGAGAGAAUUAUAUACUGAGUCCAGAUGAGAAGUUUGGCUUUGAGAAAGGAGAGAAUAUGAACUGUGUGUGUUACUGUAAAGUCAAAGGUGAGGCUUCCUGGCCUGGCACAAGAGAAACAAAACCAACCACAAGCAUUGUGCGCCGGCUGCAAAAUAAUGGUAGUGAAACGUGGAGGCUACUCACACAAUGGUCUUCUGGCCGCUGGUACCGACAGAGGGCGAGUAGCCAUGUGGAGGAAAGUACCAGACUUCCUGGGCAGCCCCGGGGCAGAGGGCAAGGACAGGUGGGCCCUUCAGACCCCUACCGAGCUCCAAGGAAACAUCACGCAAAUCCAGUGGGGUUCCAGGAAGAACCUGCUGGCAGUGAACAACGUCAUCUCCGUGGCCAUCCUCAGCGAGCGGGCCAUGUCGUCACACUUCCACCAGCAAGUGGCCGCCGUGCAGGUCUCCCCGAGGCUGCUGAAUGUGUGCUUCCUGUCCACGGGGGUCGCACACAGCCUGCGCACCGACAUGCACAUCAGUGGGGUGUUUGCCACCAAGGAUGCUGUCGCAGUCUGGAACGGAAGGCAGGUGGCGAUCUUCGAGCUUUCUGGAGCCGCGAUACGGAGUGCAGGGACCUUCUUGUGUGAGACGCCCGUGUUAGCAAUGCAUGAAGAAAACGUUUACACGGUGGAGUCAAACCGAGUUCAAGUUCGAACCUGGCAGGGGACUGUCAAACAACUCCUCCUUUUCUCGGAGACUGAGGGGAAUCCCUGCUUCUUGGACAUCUGUGGGAAUUUCCUGGUUGUAGGGACAGACUUGGCUCACUUUAAAAGCUUUGAUCUUUCCCGAAGAGAGGCCAAAGCACACUGUAGCUGCAGGAGCCUGGCGGAGCUGGUCCCUGGGGUGGGGGGCAUCGCUUCUCUGCGGUGCAGCAGCAGUGGGAGCACCAUCAGCAUCCUCCCCAGCAAGGCUGACAACAGCCCUGAUUCCAAAAUCUGCUUCUACGAUGUUGAAAUGGACACAGUGACCGUCUUUGACUUCAAGACUGGACAAAUUGAUCGGAGAGAGACGCUGUCCUUUAAUGAGCAAGAGACUAAUAAGAGCCACCUCUUUGUGGAUGAGGGACUGAAAAAUUAUGUUCCCGUGAACCACUUCUGGGACCAGAGCGAGCCCCGGCUGUUUGUAUGCGAAGCCGUGCAGGAGACGCCGCGCUCCCAGCCUCAGUCUGCAAACGGGCAGCCCCAAGAUGGGCGCGCUGGCCCUGCGGUAGCAAGGAAAGGCUUUGCCUUCCCUUCUCCUCUUCUGGUUUCCUGUCCAGAGCAGCUGCAGGCAGAUGUUUUGAUCCUGUCCUUCUUCAUUUCCGAAGAGCACGGCUUCCUGCUUCAUGAGAGCUUCCCCCGGCCUGCCGCCUCCCACAGUCUCCUGGGGAUGGAAGUGCCUUAUUACUACUUCACAAGAAAGCCCGAAGAAGCAGACAGAGAAGACGAGGUGGAGCCUGGGUGCCACCACAUCCCUCAGAUGGUGUCCAGGAGACCCCUGCGAGACUUUGUGGGGCUGGAGGACUGCGACAAGGCCACCCGGGACGCCAUGCUCCACUUCAGCUUCUUUGUCACCAUAGGAGACAUGGACGAAGCCUUCAAAUCCAUCAAGCUCAUCAAAAGUGAGGCCGUCUGGGAGAACAUGGCGCGCAUGUGCGUGAAGACCCAGCGGCUGGACGUGGCCAAGGUGUGCCUGGGGAACAUGGGCCAUGCCCGCGGGGCCCGAGCGCUGCGUGAGGCGGAGCAGGAGCCGGAGCUAGAGGCCCGCGUGGCCGUGCUGGCCACGCAGCUGGGCAUGCUGGAGGACGCCGAGCAGCUGUACAGGAAGUGCAAGCGCCACGACCUCCUGAACAAGUUCUACCAGGCUGCAGGCCGGUGGCAGGAGGCCCUCCAGGUAGCCGAGCACCACGAUCGCGUGCACCUGCGCAGCACCUACCACCGCUAUGCCGGGCACCUGGAGGCCAGCGCCGACUGCAGCCGGGCCCUCAGUUACUACGAGAAGUCGGACACGCACCGCUUCGAGGUGCCCAGGAUGCUGUCGGAGGACCUGCCGUCCCUGGAGCUCUACGUGAAUAAAAUGAAGGAUAAGACCCUGUGGCGGUGGUGGGCGCAGUACCUGGAGAGCCAGGGCGAGAUGGACGCCGCGCUGCACUACUACGAGCUGGCCCGGGACCACUUCUCCCUGGUCCGCAUCCACUGCUUCCAGGGCAAUGUCCAGAAGGCUGCGCAAAUAGCCAACGAGACAGGAAACCUGGCGGCCUCCUACCACCUCGCCCGCCAGUACGAGAGCCAGGAGGAGGUCGGGCAGGCGGUGCACUUCUACACCCGGGCACAGGCCUUCAAGAAUGCCAUCCGCCUGUGCAAGGAGAACGGCCUGGACGACCAGCUCAUGAACUUGGCCCUGCUGAGCUCCCCCGAGGACAUGAUCGAGGCGGCCCGAUACUACGAGGAGAAGGGCGUGCAGAUGGACAGGGCAGUCAUGCUGUACCACAAGGCUGGCCACUUCUCCAAGGCCCUGGAGCUGGCCUUUGCCACCCAGCAGUUUGUGGCCCUACAGCUCAUAGCAGAGGACCUGGAUGAGACGUCAGACCCUGCGCUCCUGGCCCGCUGCUCCGACUUCUUCAUCGAGCACAGUCAGUACGAGAGGGCGGUAGAGCUGCUGCUGGCUGCCAGGAAGUAUCAGGAAGCCCUGCAGCUGUGCCUGGAGCAGAACAUGAGCAUCACCGAGGAGAUGGCGGAGAAGAUGACCGUGGCCAAGGACUCCUCGGACCUGCCUGAGGAGUCGCGGCGGGAGCUGCUGGAGCAGAUAGCAGACUGCUGCAUGCGCCAGGGCAGCUACCACCUGGCCACCAAGAAGUACACGCAGGCCGGCAACAAGCUGAAGGCCAUGAGGGCGCUGCUCAAAUCCGGAGACACAGAGAAAAUCACGUUCUUCGCGAGCGUGUCCAGGCAGAAGGAAAUCUACAUCAUGGCUGCUAACUACCUGCAGUCCCUGGACUGGCGGAAGGAGCCGGAGAUCAUGAAGAACAUCAUCGGCUUCUACACCAAGGGGCGGGCCCUGGACCUCCUGGCUGGCUUUUAUGACGCUUGUGCCCAGGUGGAGAUUGAUGAAUACCAGAACUACGACAAAGCCCACGGGGCGCUGACCGAGGCCUACAAGUGCCUGGCCAAGGCCAAGGCCAAGAGCCCCCUGGACCAGGAGAGCAGGCUGGCGCAGCUGCAGAGCAGGAUGGCACUGGUGAAGAGGUUCAUCCAGGCCCGCAGGACGUACACAGAGGACCCCAAGGAGUCCAUCAAGCAGUGUGAGCUGCUCCUGGAGGAACCAGACCUGGACAGCACCAUCCGCAUCGGGGACGUCUAUGGCUUCCUGGUGGAGCACUACGUGCGGAAGGAGGAAUACCAGACGGCCUACAGAUUCCUGGAGGAGAUGCGGCGGCGGCUUCCCUUGGCCAACAUGUCCUACUACGUGAGCCCGCAGGCCGUGGACGCCGUGCACCGGGGGCUGGGUCUCCCACUGCCACGCACCGUCCCCGAGCCGGUCCGCCACAACGGCAUGGAGGACGCCAGGGAGCUGGACGAGGAGGUGGUGGAAGAGGCAGAUGACAACCCUUGAGGGGCCUGGGCCCCAGGACCAGCGUGCUGCUGCAGAAAGGCAUCUUCUGGAAUUUUUUCGUCAGCUGCGGCAAAGCCAGCAUUUUUGCUGGGAAAAGACAUGUCUGUGUUGGAAUACGCAACAGAGCUGGGCGAGAACGCAGCGGCCCGGGCCGGCAGAGGCUGUGACCCGUCUGCACCUUGCUGUGUCCCGCCUGCCUCUGGGUGCCCGGCAGCUCCACUCGAUUUUUGGAUUCAUUCCUUUGAAGGGAGUCGGGUUCACCCUUCCAUCCUAUUCUCCCAGCUACACACUGUAAAGCCUGAGAAACUUCUAGAACCUCAGGAAGCUGCAGCUGGAGGGCUGGGGCACCUGCCCCCCUGCUCCCCACACAUCAUAUCCUCCCCAUACUCCUACAGGGCCCACGGCUCCUGAGCAACAGCUGGGACACCCGGGCCUUGGCGGCUGCACCCCCUGCUAGGCUCUGCCCACCGGCCACCAACACUCCUGUAAUUCCAAUAAAGUAGUUUAUUUUCUGAGA